CUUCGCUUGGGACUCAAUUCCCGCGCGUGUGCAGGUGACGACCCUCCCGCUUUAAACCAAACAUUAGUAAUUAUCACACAUAUCACGGUUAUUAGUUCUUCUAGUAACCGUGCACAUAUUACACACCUUAGGCUGACCUGCCCACGAUUUUCAUUGACCAAUCCCUAAGUCCCAUGGUGCAAUUUCCAUUAUAUGAGGUCAAAAUGGCGGCGCCCUGUAAGUUGAAAAAACGUGCUGCUUCGAAAAGACAUCCGGCGUUUGAUACAAGAGAGCAAAGUGACAUGUUUUCUGAAUCUAGAAUAAAAAAAAUGAAAAAGGUUGUUGAUGAUGAAGUGGAGGAGGAGGAGGAGGAAGAAGAAGAAGAAGAAAAAAAAGAAGAAUAUAUUACUGAUGAUGAUGGUAGUGGUGAUGACGGUGGUGAGAGUGCAGAAGAAAAAGAAGAGGAUGACGAUAGAGAUGGAGAUGAUCUAAAGAAAGAGAGGCUAAAAAGAACAAAAGAUGUAAAAAAAGCAAAAGACAAUAGAAUAGCUGGCAUUGUAUAUUUGAGUCGCAUUCCACCGUAUAUGAAACCUAAAAGACUGAAGUUGAUGUUGAGUCAGUUUGGUGAAAUAGGACGAGUUUAUCUUCAACCAGAAUCUAAACAGAAACGAAAAGAAAGGAAGAAACGUGGCGGCAACUCAUCAAAGUCUUUUGAAGAAGGUUGGGUAGAAUUCAAAGAUAAGAGCAUUGCAAAACAAGUUGCUUGGUCAUUAAAUAAUACUCAGAUAGGUGGUAAAAAAAGAAACCGAUAUCAUUACGAUAUAUGGAACAUUAAAUAUCUACAUCGCUUUAAAUGGACUCAGCUUAAUGAAAAAAUUGCUUAUGAGCGAGCAGUGCAUGACCAGAGAAUGAGAACUGAAAUUUCUCAAGCGAAGAGAGAAACAAAUUUUUAUUUAAAGAACGUGCAGAAAAAGAAGAUGCUAGACGAGAUGGAAAAGAAGAAAAAGCGGAAAGGCGAAGAAAUGACAAUAUUUGAAAGGAAAUUUAAACAACGACCAACGGAGGAUGAGAUUAGAUCAGAUAAACUAGAAAGAAAAGUUUCAAAAAGAUCAUCAACUGAUUUCUUACAAAAAAUAUUUAAAUGAAUUUUGGAAUGUUUGAGAUUAGACAACAAGUCUGUGUCAAUGACUGUGUCUCGGGAACCAUAUCGAACAUGACACUGCGAUGACAGUGACGCAUAAAUUAUAGCUAAUCAUAUUACCAUAUAAGACUUGAUCACUGGCUGUGCUUUAUUUUCUUUUGUUUCGCUGAUGCAAGUUUGAAACCCACUUUGACCUAAAAAAAGGUGGUGCGGUUUCAUUUCUUUGUAAUAAGAUUAUUUACCACAACAGCGAGAUAUGUUCAAAGUUUAUCAUUUAUUAAAUUAUGCUAAAAUUCCUGCAUUAAAAGUUGAUUCAGAUCAUUAAAACAUCUAUUCAUCUAAACAAAAACAUUAUUCUAUACAUAAUUGAAAACAAAAAUAUAAGAGGGGCAGAUUUCAAACUGACGCUUGCACCCGAUGACGGAGGCAAAAUCUAGUUUUAUUUUUGCCUUCAGCAUUCAACUGUAUAAUGUGUCAAUUUCUUUUGAAAUUAAACCCACUU